AUGACCGUUUCAGCAGCAAUGAGUGAACUGCCAGAACCUUACGUCUCUGCCGCAAACGAUUUCCGUUCAGACACCUUCACCACUCCUACACCGGAAAUGAUGCAAGCCGGAUUACAGGCGUCGAUUGGUGAUGCCGUGUACAACGAGGACGUGGACACGAUUGCAUUGGAACGCCGCGUGGCCCAGCUGGCCGGCAAAGAAGCCGGUUUGUUCUGUGUGUCUGGAACGCUUUCCAACCAGAUUGCAUUGCGGUGCCAUCUCUUCCAGCCACCUUACUCGAUCCUCUGCGACUACAGGGCCCACGUCUACACGCACGAGGCUGCAGGACUUGCCAUCUUGUCCCAGGCGAUGGUGGUACCGGUGAUUCCCUCCAACGGUAACUACAUGACGCUUGAAGACAUAAAGCGUCACUACAUCCCAGAAGACGGUGACAUCCACGGUGCUCCUACCAAAGUGCUGUCGCUCGAGAACACUUUGCACGGAAUCGUGUAUCCGCUCGAAGAGCUCGUUCGUAUCAAGGUAUGGGCCAUGGAAAACGACAUCAAGCUACACUGCGACGGUGCCCGUAUCUGGAACGCGGUUGCCGAGACCAACGUGCCCUUGAAACAGUUUGGAGAGAUUUUCGAUUCCAUUUCCAUCUGUUUGUCCAAGUCGCUCGGAGCGCCCAUGGGUUCCGUUUUGGUGGGAAAUUUCAAAUUCAUCAAAAAGUGCAAUCAUUUCAGAAAACAGCAAGGUGGUGGUAUCAGACAAUCUGGUAUGAUGUGUCGGAUGGCCUCGGUCGCCGUGGAGGGCAACUGGAAAGAAAAAUUACAGCGUUCGCACCGCAUGGCGCACGAAUUGGCCGCUUUUUGUCAUGCCAACAACAUUCCUUUGGAGUCUCCAGCAGACACUAACUUUGUUUUCUUGAACUUGCAAAAGGCGAAAAUGAACCCUGACAUUCUAGUUAAAAAGGGUCUGAAGUACCAUGUCAAGCUCAUGGGCGGUAGAGUCUCAAUGCACUACCAGAUUUCGGACGACUCUUUGGAGAGAGUCAAAUUGGCGGUUCUGGAGGCGUUCCAACACGCCCAGAAACACCCAUUUGACUCGGAGGGUCCUACCAAGAUCUACCGCAGCGAAUCCACCGAAGUUGACAUCGAUGGCAACGCUAUCGGCGAGAUUCAGACUUACAAGUACUAA